AUGGCAGCCUACGAUGUGUACUCGCAUUCACCUCAAGUGUCGGAUCUGGCUUCACCUCAACACCGAGGGUCAGGACCGAUCACACCAAUCCACUCCCCACACCACUCUGUCCACUCCUCAGCCUCUUUGCGGACACCCCUUCAAACUCUCUCGAUCCACGAAUACCGCAAGCAACAAAGUACGCCCCAUCCACGAAUCGCAACACCUUCUGGUAAGACGCUCCGGCGAAAGGCCUCUGCGUUUGCUUUAAACGAGAUCGAACGCGUCCCAUCAACAAAGCCCACUCUACAAUACGGUCCACACUCGUUCGCUCGCCCUCUGCAACCUUCCCACUCAGCGCAUCAACUGGCGCCACAGGACCAAAUUUUUGGCGUCCAACCUGUGUCUGAUCACGUUUUUCGGUCUCAGUCAGCUGAACCGCGGACACAAGGAGGCAGCAUCUCGAGUGUUGCAACUGUUGACUCGCAAGGGAAGGUACGCAAUUUUGGCAACAGAAAAAGGCUUCCACGCCCGCCUGCGCCAACGGGCUCUGCGUUGUUUUUCCCAUCUCAUGCACCAGUGAGACCGACACGACAAAUCCGCGCAACUCUCCCCGCGCCGCUCAGCUUCCUUGCCGAGGAGACCAACUUGAGCGACGCACAAACGACCCCGCCGACGCCUUCACUUUCACGAUUCCCACAACCGCCGCGCUUCGUCACGCUCCGAGAGACCGAACGCGAAAAAGCAAUCAGCUUCGCAAGCACCGCUCCGGUGACCCCACCCGCUACGCCUGCCACCAUUCACUAUCGCGGCGCGUCUUUCAAUUUGGUAAACCCACACGACUCGUUGCAGUUCCACGACAUUGUUACUCCUUCGAGAGAUCUUGAGUCGAGCGAGGUAUUCCCACUUCGGUCGGCACAGAGCUCGCACGUACUGACUAAUGCACAGAUGGCACCAAAGCGUCCUUUGUACGGUGAUCUUAAUGCGGCGCAUGCAGGCAUUAUGCGGCGUGCUGAAGACUCGUUCGACUCGUCCAUGCUUGAGUUACCGUUGCCACCGACACCAGCGGCGAUCAGUCCAGGCUCGUCAACAUACACCUCGCCAAUCUACAGCCCCGAAUCCCACUUCGCACCGUCUCCGCUAGCAGUCAAGAAAGCUCCGAACGAGUCUCGCUUCUCCCUCAGACAACUCACACGUACGCUUACGAAACGGCUCACGAGGCCUCAAGAAACCGGCGAGGAGGAGGAGGAGCUGCAGCAGUUCAAAGCUCAGAACACAUGCGGUCUCUCCACAAGUGUUGACGAGACGCCACUGCGACCGCUCGAACAAACGUAUAUGCCAGCAGACAGGAUGCCAUACUUUCCCAUCAGCCCGGUCUCUCCCACUUCGCCAGCCAGCCCUGCUUCUCUGCACGACCUGGGCUCAGUUUCAGGCGAUGAUGAAGACGAGAUUGAGUUUGCGCGAAGGGACCCCGUCCGCGGCUACGACUCGCAAGGUUUGACCUCAAUGCUUCCGGACGAACACUCCACUCAGACCGGUCGUGCGGGGAACUCACGUACUUCUGUCUUUGCGACAGAGUCAGCUGGUAGGCCUUACUAUGAUGAUCGUGCUUCUACAUACGCCAGCUCUUCGAUAUACACUGGAGAUGAUCACCGGAAGUCUGCUUGCCAGCAAAGCCUUGCUGGCAACCGCCAAAGUAAUGUUUUCCUUCGGUACAGCGGGAUGGAUGCAGCGGGUAUGGCGAACGAGUACAGCUACAGCAAUCUGGGGGGUGGCAGCCGGCCGGUGUCGAGGCCACUCACCAAGCAGUCAUUUCGUCGCUCGGUCGCACAAGGUGACGGGAACUCAGAUACCAUCAGCAAGUUUAUUGAUCAGUAUGAACCUGGAAACACAGCAACGAAUAGCUUCGCCACGCAGCCGCGGGACAGCGGCAAUACUAUCAGCUUGCUUGUUCACUAUACCAGCGAUGUUGACGAAGCGCCAUUGAACGACCGCCAAUUCGAAUUUGGCCUGAAACCUACGAACCAAGCGCAUGAUAUCGAGACUGCAAGUAGUAUUGUACAGAAGUCUCUCCCGCAGGACUACAUACGGAACCGUCGGCCUGGAUUGCCUCCAUCAGGUCCUGCGCCCCUUGCUCCGGCUUUCCAGUACGAUCAGCAGCCUUGCCCACUUGCUCGACCCGAGGCCUCCGAUAUGUUCUCUAAUGCAUCGUACACCUCGUACGGAGACACACGUAACUUACUGCAACUGCCACAACCUGAAGCAGGCGGACGCAGCAUGUUGAUGCACAGUCUGGAGCCUUCAUCCUCAUAUUCAGAGCCUGAAAACAAAGGUCUUGAACCGUCUUCGUCGUACUCGCAACCUGAAGGUUGUGCGAGCCCACAGACGCCACAAGAGGCACUGGAUCAAGCCGAGCACAUCUUCGACAAGGCAGCGGCUGAGAGGGACCCUAGUCAAGAGGAUAUACCAGCGAUGUGGGGCAGAUGGAGUUCCGUGAAUCUGCUGCGCAACAAGAGACUCACGGAUGGAUCCCUGCGAACGAUCGAUGCCGCAAAGGCUGACUGGGAGACUGUUGCUGGCGACAGUGAACCAGGUCGAAUGUCCCUGGACAGCAUCGCCGGUUACAGUAGUAGUGAGGGCGGUCGGAACAGCUAUGACCGACCGGCAAAUGCAUCCAUCCCGACGUGGACUCCGCAGAACCAUACGCGUGGACAGUCAAACUACAGUCAUCCUAGUCCGCUGCCAAUACACAUGCACCCGUUUAGCUCAUCACCGCCGCAUAUUACAACUUGUCCCGGCUCACAGACUGCACCUGAUAUGUCUGCAUCUGGCCCCGCCUCGAGUUCACCAGCAUCAUCGACUGAGCCUGUGUUUCUCCUGUCCACAGAACCAAGAUAUGCGGUGCUAGAGCCCUAUGCAUUCGCCCCGUGGGCGGACCCUUAUGCCCUGAGUGAUAAGGAGACGCAGGAGUUGUUGGCAUCUGGACCCAACGAUGACAUUUUGGUUGACAGCGACGUCGACCAGCGAUCGGAACAUCUCAGCUACAGGUUCAAGAGUCACGAAAGAACACCCCAGACCAGCUCGCCACGCAGCAACAACUUUCCUUGCUUAGAGCGUGAGAAUACGUUCGACAAGUUCACGGUGGUCGGCCCAAAGGGCAACUUGACAGGUACUCCUCAAGGUACCGGUAUGCACGAUGCGGGUAGCAGUGUGGCAGACACCAGUAGCCCAGGUGCGAAGCUUAGCUCAAGCCCAAGAGCCGAAUACGAUGGAUUCUACGCCUCACCAUUUCCAGCAACCGGCAGUGUCACUCGCAUACGGCAAACACGACCUGCUUCAGAGGAUCAGCACGAGCGAACGCCGUCCCAGGUGACCCUCUUCCCUAGCGCAUACAGUAUGGAACCUGUGCAAGGCUCCUCACCACUUGCUGGUCCAGAUCGCCGACGCAGUCUCCGAUACUCGACUCAAUUCAAGCCUGCUCGCAGGGCGAGCCGCACUGCUGUGCCAGGCCAGACCAAGCUCAGGCAAAUGGUUCUCGCGCCUGACGCGCGAUCAACAGUGUCAAGCAAAGACACCUAUUUCUCUCGUUUCGUAAAUGCAGGCGGCAGUGGACGUCCUUCAACGUGCGACAUGGCCACACCUCUACACCCGACGCAUCCUAGUCUCGACACCUUCCCUACGAUUCGCAGCGGCAAGACCACGGUUGCGCACCAGCACUCGCCGCAUCUGCUGUGUCCGGAGCGCGAGGUCAAGGAGGAAGACGAGAUACGCCGCCGAAAGCUCUCGUGGCUGAUCUUCGCCUGCUUUUGUAUCCUGCCGCCUUGCAUGUUCCUCCAUAGGAUGUGGGGAGAUUCGAUCAUGGCGUCUGUUACGAAUGGCGAUCUCGGUCACUGCACGGCGAAGUCGAAGAGGGCGGCGCUUAUCGCUGGGAUUGUUGUCAACAUUGGCUUGAUCAGCGCGAUCUUAGUCCCGAUUCUCGUUGCGCAGGCACUGAAGGCUAUAUGA